AUCUCUAGCUAUAUUUACCCAGAAACUUUAGUUUCAACGUACUAGUCAAACUUCAUCGGGACAAUCAUUUGUGUAAAUGUGUAUUUAACAUAUCUCGGAGAAAGUUUGAUUGUUAAACAAUUUUAUAAUUUAAAAUCAGAAAGUACGGAGUGAUCCGCGGAACGCGAAAUAAAUCCAGCUUCGUCAGUCAGUUGUCUAGUGUGUGAGGACAGUUGUUGCUUACCUGUGCGGAUAACACUUGAGUGCGUUCAAAAUUGAUCCGACGGCCUCCAUGUACGAGAAACAGGCGGACGCCGGCUAUCCGCCGGCAGGGGACUACCUCACGAUGCUGUCCAAGUCGUCAUACGACCCUGUCAAGACGGCGUACGAUUCGAGUGGCUACCCAAUGUCAUCCAUGUCCUCGAUGGCGAGCAUGAACUCCAUGUCUAUGGGAUCUAUGGGUGGCAUGGGCUCGAUCGGAUCCAUGGGCAUGAACAACAUGAGCUACUCCUCGCAGGCGCUCACAGGGAUGGGCGCGCCACACGGGUACGGCAUGGGCCCCGGCGUAGGCAUGGCCGGUGGGAUGUAUGGCGGCAUGAAUACUAUGAACACCAACGGUCACAUGAACGGGAUGACCAGCCCGGUUCCCGGAAUGAACGGCAUGUCGGAGGCUAUGUCCCCAAUGCGCAUGGAUAUUAACCGGGCCCAGGCCAUUAACCGGGCAAGGGAGAAGACCUACCGACGGAGCUACACGCACGCCAAGCCGCCAUAUUCGUACAUUUCACUCAUCACCAUGGCAAUUCAGCAAUCUCCGAACAAAAUGUGCACGUUGAGCGAGGUGUACCAGUUUAUUAUGGACUUGUUUCCGUUUUACCGUCAGAAUCAACAACGCUGGCAGAACUCGAUCCGCCACAGUUUAUCGUUUAAUGACUGUUUCGUGAAAGUGCCGCGGACGCCCGACAGGCCCGGGAAGGGCAGUUACUGGACAUUACACCCAGACUCCGGGAACAUGUUUGAGAACGGCUGCUACCUACGGCGACAAAAGCGUUUCAAAUGCAUCAAGAAAGAGAAGAUCCGGAAGUCCCCCGGCGAGGGCGGCACUGGCUCAGACGACGACGAUCAGGACGAAACCGGCUGCCAGUCCGAUUGUGAGUCAGAAACAGAGACGUCGCCGACGGAAUCGCAAACAAAUCAUCAGCAGCAGUCUGCGCAGCAGCACCACCAACAUCAGCAGCAGCAAUCUCAGCAACAGAACCAAGCACCUCAUCACAUGUCCAACCAACUGGAACCUCUUACAUUGAAGUCGGAACCAGCGCCGGUCGGCACGCCCACUUCCGGUUCGACGCCGGGCCCAGAUAUGCGACAUCUACACCAGCACCAUGACGUCAUGUCGGCAGCUCACGGAUACCCGGGCGUCAAUGCAACUUACUCAUUCAACCACCCGUUUUCAAUAAACAAUUUAAUCACGGAACACUCAAAAAUGGACUUGAAACUCUAUGAAAUGCAGGGAAUGUAUCCGGCGUAUAAUAACAUGCACCACAUGAACAUUCCACCCAAAGUCGAUGGUUUACCACCAAUGACAUCGGAUGGCGGGUAUUACAAGACUUAUACACCGCAUAGUACGGCCAGUUUGUGAGUGCACGUGAAUGACGUUUUGGUUGUCGUUGUUGUAGCUUUAUACCAAAGAUUUUAAGCAUUGAUGAAGGGGAACAAACGUUCACAGAUUUUUGUACGUGGUCGUUCAUAUUUUGUGUAGAAAUGAGAUUGUUUAGCUUUGAAAAUUUGUGUUGCGAUUGCUUUAGUGUUAAAAUGAUAUUUUAACGAGAUCUGUGCGCUUAUGAACAGCGUGGUGUUUUCAGUCGCUCUUUUUGAGGAGCGAAAUCGAACCGACAUAAUAUUAUUUCUCUCUAUGGUUCAUAGCGGGUGAUUAAAUUCUAUAACCAAGUACUAAUUAAAUGAGAGAUAUCAAAUAGCGUGUAUUCAUAUUUCAUCUCAAAACUUAUUCUCGCCCUUAUUAAGACGGAAACCUCAACAACAAUUAGAGAAAUUCUCUAUGAGGGACGUUACUCUAUGAAACAAGCCCAAGAUUUAUGUCUUGCUUUUAUUGGCCGAUUUCAAUGACACUCAGUUGUCAAUUUUGAGAACAAGUUCAUUUCAUUUUGUCCGUGUACAUGUUUACUCGAUUCCACUUAUUCGCGGUUUUAUAUGUUAAUUUAUUUAUAGCGUAGUCGUUUUGCUCAAUCUUUUAUUUCCUCAACAGAUAAAUCAUAGUUCGCGUUGAUAAUCAAUCUUUUUGUUCAUUGUGAAGGUGAGCCACAUAUUAAUUGUAUUUCAUUUUAUUAAAAUGUAAAUAUUUAAUGAUCAUUCUAUUUGCUGACACCAUUCACUCAUUUCUACGUUUUGCCUGGCAGAAAUUGUGAGGCCGCUUAUAUAGACAUUAAAUGAAAACCCUGUUUCGAUAUAAGAAUUGUUAUUUGUGCAUGUAUUGUUGUCAGUUGUUAAUAAUUAUUUUCGGUCCAUAGAUAUUAAAACUUUAUCAAUAUAGAA